AUGGCAACUGUCCAAAAAACUAGAAAACCCAAAACUAAUAGCUUUACCUUCAUUUUGGAUCAGGUCCUUAAUAAAUAUAACCUAUUGGCCGAAUCAAACCCACUUCAAUUAUGUGCUCAUGCCGAUAAGCUUAGUACUAUGCUACCGGAUUGGAAGGCUCGUAAAGAUGUGAAAGAGGCUCUCCGUCGGCGCUUAUUCAAAGAAAAUCAAAUAGGAGCUCUAGUUCCAAAUAACAAAAAGAAGAGGCUUACUAUCAAGGAAAGAGCUCAAUAUUGUGCAAAAACUAAAGAUGUUUCUUAUAUUUCACAAUUUCAUAGAGAGUUAGCAGAAGCUGGGAUUGAGGCAACUCAAACAGCGAUACCCAAUCCACCUAAAACUUCCAAACACUUUUCCUUAGAGGAAGGACUUAGAAGAAUUCAAAAUAUCAAUACUACUAAAAUCCCUACUAUGCAAGAUCUUGCAGAUAUAAUUAUGAUGUUGAGUAUGAGACUCGCCGAAGUUGCUACUCUUUGUAUUAUUCAUUAUGAACCUGGAAAAGCAAAAAAUAAUCCCAAAUCUUGGCAAUUUCUAUCUAUGGAAAAGAAUCCAAAAUGUGCAAAAGAAUUGCUUACCUGGAUCCAAGAUGCAAUAGCAACUGGAAAGUUACGCAAUCCUGUCUAUAGUAUUAAUGGAAAACGCAGUACAGGAGUAUUUAGUAAAUUUUUAAAAUCAUAUGGUAUUACAGCCAAAAGAUUAAGAAAAAUUGGAGGUAAACAUGCUUCUAGAGUUCAUGGUGGUCAAAAUCCAACUUUGCAACAUCUUGAAUUCCUUAGCAGAGUUGCAAUGAGGCAUAAGAUAGAUCGUCAUAAUUCUGGAAUGUAUUAUGCCAAGGGUGAUACUUCCGAUUCUGACCUUGACGCAGAUCCAAAACCUGAACCUGAAGCUCUAGCUCCCACACCCAAGGCAAUUAAUGAGAAUACUUCUGAAAUUGAGGAUAUCUAUGACUUAUAUAGAAGUCAUGCUUUAUCAGUUAAACAUUAUGGUGUAAUGAAUGACAGACCAAAUACCCCAGCACCUAAACAAGAAAAUAGCGAGUUGGACCUGGACUCAGAUGAAGAUAAAAAUUCAGACGAAGACUCAGAUGCG